AUGCAGCCGAUCUGUUUCUAUAGAAUGACACCGUACACGUUAUGCGACGUUUUUACCGCAUGCAUUUUUGGCAUCGGGCAGCUUAGUGGUACAGGAAACCGCACGCUCAGAAUCGUUAAGUUUUCCGUGGCGGCUGUUUUACCAUCAAGUCCAGCCGUGCAAGCAUGCGUUAUGAGCUCUCGUCAACGUUUAACAAAUAAAUUGGUCAAGGAAAAUGAUAACUUUGAAAAAUGCGUAUGGACUCUUCUUAAACCGACAUCACUAAGUGCUAAAGCACGUGCGAUACACUAUAUCCGUGAGCAGACCUGCAGAAAUGAAUCACCAAUUCCAAAAAACGUUGGUCGUUUGAUCCGAGGCCUUUUAAAAUGCUUGAGGCUGCAUUAUGAGAAUAUUCAAAGUGAUGCAGUGUGGUCAUUAAUUAACUAUGCCUGUGAGCCCCACAACAUCUGCAGUCAAAUAGUUGUUCGAGGUGGCUUGGAAGAACUGUUAAGAUGUGCUCAGCAGGCAGAAGGUGAGUUACGUUGUAUGGCGAUAUGGGCUGUUGGAAACAUCGCUGCAGACUGCUUCGCUUGUAGAGCAAAGGUUCUAGUUAUUAAUAAGAUUUAA